AUGCUCGGGAUCUCUCUCGAAAGCAUUGCUGCCAGCAUCGUUUGGGGAUCUGGUCUACUCGACGCCGAUAUAAGCGCAACGCGAUCACGGAAGACUCAUCCCAUUCGCUUGCAACUAUGCCCCCCGAACGCGGAGGCCACACCGUUCACCAUCUACAGGGAACCAGACACGCGGCUCCUGGUCACCCUGUUAGCGCUUUUUUACUUCAUAAUCAUCGUGGUCGCUGACUGGUCCGCACAGUACUUCAAGUCUGUCACCUUCGAUUCUGCUCGAUCUAACGCCAGAGGACGGCAGGGAUCCGGUCCCGACUUGGUUGAGGAGAGCGAACGGGAGCAAUCACAGCGUUCCCGCACUUCUCCAGCACCUACAUUGUUCACAUACACGUCGCCAGACCAUCUAUCCAGCUCGCGGCCAGGGUCGUCUGCCUGGCUUGUGGACCUUGUUCUUGCCGCGCUUCGACCGAACUGUAACCUGUUGAUCAGGCAACUGGCGUUGACGGCGUUACGCGCCCUUACCUUCGGCGACCGGACAUGGCGCGAAGUCAAUGGUGCGCUCCUAGAGAAAAUUGAGAAGGGCAUUGCCGACGUCGAGACUAUGCUCCAAAAUCGCGAGAGCAUCGACCCUCAUGCUGCGGGAGACGCCAAUGCAGAAGCCGGUCCCGCAAUAGCGUCAGCGUGGAUCGGCCGGAAGCUUCCUAUUCAGCAACGUCCGUUUGGUCUGGGCUCAUCCCUCACGUCCUUCAUCAUCGCGCCUGAAGAUUACGAGCACGAUACGCCUCCCAGACUUGUGGAUGCACCGCCUCAUUGUUUAUUCUGCAUCCCUCGCAAGGACCAGGACGACGCGGACGACCCCUACCGCAUGUGGAUCUUGAACGACGACAUGAGCUGGCAACCUAUCAGCCUCCACGCCCCUCACCCGGAUCCGUCUGAACACCCGUAUAUGCUGAAAAUACGCGUGUCAGACAAGACUCCGAGCUGGGUACUUCCCGAGUCUCUCACUAGGGAAGGGCGGCGUACUCCUCGCAAGCCCAACAUCACCACGAGCGCUACCAUUGCUGGACCCUCCCCAAGUGCCACGGUGGCUGGUCCCUCAUCGAGCGCCACAGAGUCUCGUACCAACACCGCGAAGAAGUCGGACACUACGCCUACAAAGUUACGGUACAGGCAAUCGUUGAGGUUCUCCGAACCGAAGGGCCAGGAGGACGCGGGGAAGCCUAUCAAUGCGAGCGCGGGGUCAUCGAGGCGCUGA